UGGGUCGUGAGGCGGCAAGGCGCCACCACCGCCCUCAUCCACGCUACUCCCGAUGAUCUCGGGCACCGCGACGAGCAGCCCUUGGUGAUGCCGGCCACCUCAUCGUGGUACCAAGGUUCAGUACCCCGUGUUGUCGGGGGAAGCCAAGCGACAGCAACGUUCGCCACCUGGAGAAUAUUGCGGCGCCAGGCUUACGGCAUCACACAGUACCAGGACCAGCCGCGCCUUGCUGGGACACAGUAUUAUCCUUGUCGGUCUUGGGGCGCGGGUCACCGCGCCGUCAGCAGUAUCAUCCACACCAAGUUACUGCUGUGUGGAAAUGCGGAAGAGAAUCCCAGCCCUACAGCAAAGGGCAGGCAAUGGAACUCAGCUGGGCUAACACAGGACAAACGCCUAGCCUUGGGUAAACAGCUCUACGAGGAUAAUAUCACGUUCUGCCUUCUGAGUGAGACAAAAAUAUCUCCCCCUGAAGCAGCUAACUUUGGACCCCCCGGGUUCCAACAUUAUGGGAUAGCUCGCACCUGUCGUCGUGGACGUGUAUCAAUCCUCAUUAGGGAUAAGAUACAGGUAGAGACAGGACCGGCGCUUGUGGCAGGCAUUGAGCUUGCACAAGUGACCAUCCAUCUAGAUGCAGGUAUUUUUUUUCUUUCUUUCUUCCUCGUGUCUUCACGACUCUCGUCGACGGUUCCGCUCCAUCAGCCACCAUCGUAG